GUUCGAUCCGCUGUAUCAACAUGUAUGAUGCUUUGUCCAUCAUCCUUGUGCUAACACGAUUUUUGUGUCAUUUCUGCAGGCUUGGUCUGGAUGAAAACUCAUAAUCUUUCCGUUCCUCGUACUCGUUGACUGCUCAACCACAGCUUUUAGCUAUUCCGUCUUCGCAGACUUCUUCACUGGUUCCCCAACCAAACCUAUGGUGUCCAAAAUUUGUCUUGCGCCCUAUCAUGAUGCCAUUUGAGGGUGCCGCAACAUUACUUACUGUCGAGAUUUUCUGAUGCGAUUACUCUGCAUGGUCCGGCUACACGCUACGAAAGUAUCUCCAAUCGGAUUGGCUUGCUAAUCUUUUCUCGUAACCAUCUACAGUGAUGGAGGGUCCUAACUCAUGAUGGACACUACCCGAUGUGCGGGCCAGACAGGGUUCAUCCCCAACAGAGGGACCGGAAAUACGAUUUCUCCUCCCGUGCACGACACCUGAAAUACUACUUCAUUGACUUUUGCUUGUCUGACAUCUACGAAUCCGAUGAUCUUCCGGAAAUUCUGCGCGCGCUUGAGGAAGGGGGUUGAAAGAGGUUGAAACGCUCAGACGCAGAACAGAUCCCUUUGCCUACUAUCUUGGAAAUGCUUUCAAGGCCUUUCUUCGCAUAGUAAGUCCAUUCAUACAUGCCCUUGUGAUGACUAUUUGCAGGAUGUUGAAGUAGAAUACCAUGUUAGAAUAGACUUCAGGGGGUGAGAGAUUGAGAUGGUUUAAGUCUGUGGAACUUAUCAUCUCUGCCAUGACAGAGCCAGA